AGAACCAGAGCCUCAAUUUGUUCCAUUAACUAAAACAAAACACACACUUUCUAAUGAUAACUCACUCGCCACUUUAAUUUUUUUUCCUUCUUUUCUCUUCAAUGGCGGAUUUUGGAUACUUAUCGGAUACGGAUGACUCGGCUGUGGAAGAUCUUAUUUCUCAAGCCAAGGAUCUCUCUGUUCUUGAACAGGUCUCUGCUAUUAACUGUUCUGGUUUCACCAACUCGGUUCUUCCCUCUGAGCUGGAACAACGAUUCCGCAAACUUAAGUCCUUUCCUGCAAUUAAUGCGAAACCUAAAUCCUCCGGGGAGAAGUCUCUUCAGCGUUCUAAGAGCGAGUUGAACGACUCACGGGGAGAGUGUGAGCAGGAGCAGAGCCGAGAUGGGAAGCUGGGUUUGGAGAAAAAAUCUGAGCUUGGUUACGAUUCUUUAACGGAAAAUGAGAUUUUCUCGGACUGGAAAUAUUUUAAGGAAAAAUCCAAACGAGGGUCUGAUUCAGCUCCCUUUUCAUCGAAAUCGUUUUCUUCUCCAUUGAGUUGUACAAAUUCAUCACGGGGUUCGCCUUCCCCGCCUCGAAAGAGCGGUUGUUUUUGGUGUUCUCCUAAGAAAAAUAUCCGGCCAAAGAGCAAGGAAGAUCGAUCAGUGAUGUGUAAAAACGACGAGUUCUUAUCGGAUUUGGGUAUUUUCUCAGUGAAAGAGCAGCAAAAGAUGCUAAAGAAGGCAAUGAAGGAGGAAGAAAAGGUUAGCCGAGAGGCAGAGAAGAUCGUGAAAUGGGCAAAACAAGCGUCAAUGAGAAUGAGUGCUCAUGACAUUGAAGAUGAGCUCAGCGAUGAUUAGAGUGCAAAUGAAUGAGUAUAGGUUAAGGGUUUUGAUUUUUGUUUAAAUUCAUUCGUUAAUUACUGGAAGCUUUUCUGUUUUCUCUUUGAUGCUUGCGUUGUAAAGGCUUAUAUACAUAUUUUGUUAAUGGAAGUGUUGAAAUUGUUUGAUAUUGCUAUUUCCAAGUGGUGCAGAAUUUUGUUUUCAAUGUAAGGGUUGGUGUGAUUAUAAAAUUUGGACUACUUACCUGCCUGAAAAACAUCACUUUCGUGACACAGGAGAAUUAUAUGGAUUAUGUGAAACCAAA